GAAUUGUGUAAAUCAUUGAGCAAUCCCCUUUUUUGUCUGUGAAGUCAUCCAGAGCUCUUUGAGUGUAUACUAGUGCUUCAGUGUCCAGUUACUAGUUCUGUUUGGCAGUUCUGGGUAAUGAAGAUAAAAUGCACGUAAUAACCCAAAUCUGUGUCCUAUUUUGUUGGAUGCAUACGGUGACCUUUGUGACAAGUCAAGAUUGUACACUUGAAGCGUUUAUAAACAGUCGCAAGUAUGAUUUAAAUUUUGACACAACUGAACUGGAGUCGAGCUACGCUCUUGGAAAACAAGUGAGAGUGGGCUGCAAUGUUGGCUUUAGUGGCUUUUUCAAACUGAUCUGUCUUGAGACUGGAUGGAAAACUGUUGGUUCUAAAUGUCAAGCAAAAUCAUGUGGUCAUCCUGGCGAUGCCCAGUUUGCAGAUUUUCAACUGGAGAAAGGAGAUGAUUUUGUCUUUGGAUCAGAAGUUGUGUACACCUGCCACAAAGGUUAUCAAAUGGUCAGUCGAAUAAACUACCGGCGUUGCUUGUCCGAAGGCUGGGAUGGUGUUGUCCCUGUCUGCGAAGCCCAACAGUGCCCAGUGAUUCGUGUGGAAAAUAAUGUCCAGGUGAUUGGAGACCUAGAGGAAGGGAACUAUGGCAAUGUGAUACGAUUUAGCUGCAAGAUCAGGAAUCAAAUCCUGGAAGGGCCUUCAGAGAUCUAUUGUGAUGAAAAUGGACAAUGGAGUGGCACAGCUCCAAUAUGUAAAGAGGUCACAUGUGCACCGCUUAAGAUUGACAAUGGUAAUGUUCCUAAUGAAAAACCUGUGUACAAAGAACAUGAAAUCUUGGAGUUUGAAUGCAAUUAUAAAUAUAUACGCAGUGAUGGAAGACCUUCAAAAUGCACCAAACACGGAACCACAUCAGUUUGGAGCCCCACACCUUCGUGUGACGAAAUAAAAUGUAAAGUGAACCCACUUGAAGGAACCAGGUUUGACCCUCCUUACAAAAAUUUGUUCUCGCCUGGGGAAACAGUAAGAGUCACUUGUGAUGAUAGAUACUGGGUUUCUACACGUCAGGAAGUCUCAGCAGUGUCCACUUGCCAAGAGAACGGAGAGUGGACCUUCAGACCGAUAUGCCAAGAGGUUACCUGCUCCGAUAGGCGACAACCAAAUAUGGAUUACUGGGAGAGAAGGUGGCAGUGGCAGCAACAGACACCUACAUUGGGUGCCACUAGGAGAUUUACCUGUAGCGACGGCUACAAGAGUGCAGGUGGAGCUAUAUCCGUCACAUGCACCAGAGAUGGGUGGAAACCAGAUCCAGCUUGUCAAGAGGUCACAUGUGCACCGCCUAAGAUUGAAAAUGGUAAUGUUCUUGAUGAAAAACCUGUGUACAAAGAACAUGAAAUCUUGGAUUUUGCAUGCGAUCGUCAAUAUAAACGCAGUGAUGGAAGACCUUCAAAUUGCACCAAACUCGGAACAACAUCAGUUUGGAGCCCCACACCUUCGUGUGACGCAAUAAAAUGUCAACUGACCCAACUUGAAGGAACCAGGUUUGACCCUCCUUACAAAAAUUUGUUCUUGCCUGGGGAACGAGUAAGAGUCACUUGUGAUGAGAAGUACUGGGUUUCUACACCUCAGGAAGUCUCAGCAGUGUCCACUUGCCAAGAGACUGGAGAGUGGACCAUCAGACCGAUAUGCCUAGAGGUUACCUGCUCCGAUAGGCGACAACCAUAUAUGGCUUACUGGCAGAGCGGUUGGUGGAGGUCACGGAAAUUGGGUGCCACCAGGGAAUUUGUCUGUGGGCGAGGCUACAAGAGUGCAGGUGGUGCUAGAUCCGUCACAUGCACCAGAGAUGGGUGGAAACCAGAUCCAGCUUGUCAAGAGGUCACAUGUGCACCACCUGAGAUUGAAAAUGGUAAUGUUUUUGAUGAAAAACCUGUGUACCAAGAACAUGAAAACUUGGAGUUUGAAUGCGAUCGUAAAUAUAAACGCAGUGAUGGAAGACCUUCAAAAUGCACCAAACUGGGAAUCACAUCAGUUUGGAGCCCCACACCUUCGUGUGAACCAAUAAAAUGUAUGGUGACCCAACUUGAAGGAACCAGCUUUGACCCUCCUUACAAAAAUUUGUUCUCGGCUGGGGAAACAAUAAGAGUCACUUGUGAUGAGAAGUACUGGGUUUCUACACCUCAGGAAGUCUCAGCAGUGUCCACUUGCCAAAAGAACGGAGAGUGGACCAUCAGACCGUUAUGCCUAGAGGUUACCUGCUCCGAUAGGCGACAACCAAAUAUGGAGUCCUGGGAGAGCGAUUGGUGGUGGCAGAGACCGACAUUGGGUGCCACUAGGAGAUUUACCUGUAGCGACGGCUACAAGAGUACAGGUGGUGCUACAUCCGUCACAUGCACCAGAGAUGGGUGGAAACCAGAUCCAGCUUGUCAAGGGGUCACAUGUGCACCGCCUAAGAUUGAAAAUGGUAAUGUUCUUGAUGAAAAACCUGUGUACCAAGAACAUGAAAUCUUGGAGUUUGAAUGCGAUCGUCAAUAUAAACGCAGUAAUGGAAGACCUUCAAGAUGCACCAAACUGGGAAUCACAUCAGUUUGGAGCCCCACACCUUCGUGUGAACUAAUAAAAUGUAAAGUGAGCCAACUUGAAGGAACCAGCUUUGACCCUCCUCACAAAAAUUUGUUCUCGCCUGGGGAAACAAUAAGAGUCACUUGUGAUGAGAAGUACUGGGUUUCUACACGUCAGGAAGUCUCAGCAGUGUCCACUUGCCAAGAGACCGGAGAGUGGACCUUCAGACCGAUAUGCCUAGAGGUUAAAUGCUCCGAUAGGCGACAACCAAAUAUGGACUACUGGGAGAGCGGUUGGUGGUGGUCGACACCGACAUUGGGUGACACUAAGAGAUUUAGCUGUAGGUACGGCUACAAGAGUGCAGGUGGAGCUACAUCCGUCACAUGCACCAGAGAUGGGUGGAAACCAGAUCCAGCUUGUCAAGAGGUCACAUGUGCACCACUUAAGAUUGAAAAUGGUAAUGUUCUUGAUGAAAAACCUGUGUACCAAGAACAUGAAAUCUUGGAGUUUGAAUGCGAUCGUAAAUAUAAACGCAGUGAUGGAAGACCUUCAAAAUGCACCAAACAGGGAACCACAUCAGUUUGGAGCCCCACACCUUCGUGUGACGCAAUGAAAUGUCAAGUGCACCAACUUGAAGGAACCAGGUUUGACCCUCCUUACAAAAAUGUGUUCUCGCCUGGAGAAACAGUAAGAGUCACUUGUGAUGAGAAGUAUGGGAUUUCUACACGUCAGGAAGUCUCAGCAGUGUCCACUUGCCAAGAGACCGGAGAGUGGACCUUCAGACCGAUAUGCCUAGAGGUUACUUGCUCCGAUAGGCGACAACCAAAUAUGGAGUACUGGGAUAGCGGUUGGCGGUGGCAGAGACCGACAUUGGAUGCCACUAGGAGAUUUCGCUGUAGGUACGGCUACAAGAGUACAGGUGGUGCUACAUCCGUCACAUGCACCAGAGAUGGGUGGAAACCAGAUCCAGCUUGUCAAGAGCUUUUGGGUUGCGAGCCACCACCAGCCCUUGAUCAUGGAGACAUCAAAUACACUAUCAAAAGUCAGUACAACCAUAAUGAAAGGGUUGAAUACAUGUGUCAGUUGUACCACACCAUGGAGGGUGAACCUAACAGAACCUGCAUCGAUGGUGAAUGGACCGGACAUAUGAGAUGCCUUGAGCCCUGUAUUUUGAAUGAAGACGACACUAGACAACAUAACAUUACUUUAAAGUUGAGUGACAAGAAAUUCUUUCUUCAUGAUGAAAUAAUGCAGUUUGAGUGUGCCCAUGGCGGACCUGUCGGUAACAUGGCAAUGCGUCAGAGGUGUAAUAGUGGUGUGGUUCUGCUGCCUACUUGCCAAUAAGAGUUUUUGUUAACUGGAAGAAAUGGACAGAGCAAAGAGUGAUGUACUGAUAAUCUGUUUCAUCUGCAUCAGUGUUGUCAACUGUGAAUUUUCAAUAAAACAUUCAUGUGUACUCAG